CGCGACAUCUUUUUGGCUCUUCUAGGAACCAUUUUAAGCUUUGCCGACCCCAUCACUGAUAUUCUCACAUUGGUGGAAUUCUACCGCGCAGAUCACAAGAAAUGGUUCACCGUGGGGCUUGUAUUCAUUGUUUUUCCAUGUUCCCUUUAUUUCCUAGUUCAUUGCACACUCAAUUUAUACAAAAACUCGUCCAGUAUCAAACUGAUUCUCACGCGAGCGUUCCUUUUUGGUUUUCAUCCAUUCUGUCCAGCUUUGGUGAAACUAAAAGUGCUUAUUUGCGACCUCAAGAAACUCUGGAGGAGCAAUGAAAUCCAACAUUUGAUAAUGAAACCAGCGGCGAGGAAGAAGACGAUGUUCACCUACGGCGUGACGACAGUAGAUAUUUUCUUCUGUUCGAGGCCGCUUUUGAAUCGGCUCCUCAGUUCAUUAUCCAGUUAUACGUCAUGGCUGUUCAACAGGAAUCGGUGACGAUUGUUCAAAUA